UGGAAAUGGCAUGAAAGUAUUAUUUAUUUUUAUGGAUUUACAAAAAAUCCAGAUACUUUGAAAUAUAUGGCAGUGAUGGAUUAUGCAAAUAAAGGAUUAUGUCAACCUGUAAAAUCAUUUUUGAAAAAAUAUGAUAUUUAUGGUGUUAUACCAUUUAUGGCGCCUGAAGUUUUAAGAGGCAAAUCUUAUACUCCAGCUAGUGAUAUAUAUAGUUUUCCUAUUAUUAUGUGGGAAUUUACAUUUGGAAUACCACCAUUUAAUAAUAGAGCACAUGAUCUUCAUCUUAGUUUAAGUAUUUGUAAGGGUGAACGUCUUGAAAUUAUUGAAAAUACUUCCCAAUGCUAUGUAGAUUAA